UAAAAGUGCUACCUUUUUUUUUUUUUGUCACAGCAGAGUGUCAAAACUUUUCAGAAAAAUGCUGAAUGAAGUUAAGCCCUUUUUCAGCUGCAGACCAACCAGGUCACAAGCAAGGAAAACAAAUAUGGAGGACACAGUUGCUGGUGACAGUGGUUGUUUGUUUCUUCCUUUCUUUCCAAGAAACAGUACAUUUGUCGCUUUUCUUUCUUUCUUACUUUCUUUCUUUCUUUCCAUGUAAGAGUACAUUACACUGUUUUUCUUUUGUUUCAUUAUAGAUUACAAUAAACCACUUUUCCUUCCUUCCGUCCUUCCUUCCUUCUUUCUUUCUUUCCAUGGAAUAGUACAUUACAUUGUUUUUCUUUCGUUCCAUUGUGGAUUCCAAUAAACCACUUUUCCUUCCUUCCUUCCUUCCUUCUAUCUUUCUUUUUUCUUUCUUUCUAUGCAAGAGUACAUUUGACUGGUUUUCUUUCUUUCUUUAAAUGCAAGAGUACAAUAAACUUCUUUCUCUUCUUUCUUUUUUUCCAUAGAAGAGUACAUUACAUUGUUUUUCUUUUGUUCCAUCGUAGAUUACAAUAAACCACUUUUCUUUCUUUCUUUGUUUCUGUUCAAGAGUACAUUCUUACUUUAUGGCAGAUUACAAUAAACUUCUUUCUGUUCUUUCUUUCUUUCUUUCUUUCAAGGGUAUAUUCAACUGCUUUUCUUUCUAUCCAAGGAAGAGUACAUUUGAAGCUAUUCUUUCUUUCUUUUUUUCCUUUCCUUUCUUCCAUAAAAGAGUAUAUACAAAGACUACAACGGCAGAUCCCUGAAGCACAGUGAGGUAAUCCAGCUGAGCACAGUCAUCAUUAAGUGACGUCGCUUUGAUGUGACGCUUGAGAGAGCGAGGAUAUUCCAUUUGACUUGCUUCGAUUCCUCGCUCCAUGCAUCUCAUCCUUGCAUCCUUCCCUCGCAUCCUAAGGGGGUGGGGCUAAGACACAAGGAAGGGAAGCAAGGAAAGGAAAUGAGGAUUCACAAAUAAGAAAUGAGAAGCGCCCCUGAAAGGAAGUGUUGGUAGUUCUAGAAGUGAUCCGGAGAUGGGGGACAAUUUUUUCGGUGGGAAUAGCAGAGUAGAUGAAUAGAGUAAAAUUGUUAAUCGUAAAAUGAAAAAAACCUGUAGAUAUGAAUCGGGAACUGAUAGUGAAAGAGAGUGCAUGCACAGACAAGCAAGGAGUUUUUUUUUUAUAGGGAAUAGAAUAUGCUGAGGUUGUUAAAAUCACUGUGAAGUGCUUUAAAUGCCUUAUUGUGUUGAUGUAAUUUCCACUGAGGAAACAGGAAGUCGGGACGGGACAUAUCAAAUGGCUCCUCCCCCUUUCAAAAUUGUCAAUAGCGUUUACUUUACCUCAAAGCUCGUGGUAAGCCGUACUUGACAGUUAGUACCAUGGAUAUUUUAUAAUGUUGGGGUGGGGCACUUCCAAUUCUAGAGUGCAUUUGAUUGGACAGAAAAUCUGAUGAGAAGUGUAUUGGUGGCAGAGAGAGACUGUAAAUUUUGAAUGCAUAUAUCUCCUAAAUGUGAAUUUUGUCACUGUUUUGGAGCAUACUAGCUUAUAGCUAACCUUAUGGCGAACAUAUUCAUUCUAAAAGCCACAAAAAACGUAUCUAUCAUGAAUCUGUAGUGCACUGAUCAGGUCAGCGUUGCAUUAUGGGUGUAUGAUUUAUGAGUCUGCAUUAUUAUCUUUGAUUAGGAAAGUUGAAGCAGUACAGGCACAAUCAUUAAGAAUAUGUUGUGGUGCUUUUAGAUCCUCUCCAGUAUCAGCAUUGCAAGUGGAGGUAGGAGAAAUGCCACUUGUAUAGUCAUAGGUUACAACUGACAGUGAAAUACUGGGUUACUCUGAAAAGACAUUCUGAGGCACACCCAGUUAAGAAGGCACUGAUGGAGUGUUGAGAAUAUGGGAAUGAUAAUAUCAGAAGUUGGAUAGACAGCAAAUAAAGAAGCUCAGACCUUGGGUCUUAACAAAUAUACCUCCCUGGUUAUAUUUCCCUCACCAUGCCUCAAAUCAAUCUUUAUCUAUCAGUCCCUCCAGGAUUUUGUGAUUUUGCGAUCACAGAAAUCAACGCAGAUCUCAGAUUUUCCACAGAUUUGGGCCAGGACACGUCAUGUGAUGUCAUCACAUCACGCAUCUUCGAUUCACGUGCAUUGAACAUGUGUACAGCUAAAAGGUCUCAUUUACCAACAAACAUCACUGUGAAAGACAUCACUGUGCAAAACAAUUUUGCCAAUUCAAGUAAUUUCAAGUAGACUCUGUGGUGCUGUUGUUAUGGUUACAGUGUGUACAUUGCGUGAGAUACUUUGCUAGUCGUCUUACUACAGUCUGAAGUUUUCAAGGUAUGAUGUCCUAGUCUAAAAAUAUCACGCUUUCACAGUAUUAGUCAAACAUUUAAAAACACAUAAGCUGGUGGUAAAAAUGAAAGCAAAAAAACAAACAAAACAUUACACCUGUUGGUACAAUGAUGCCAGGUUUCAAACUACAGGCUGAGCUGGACAAACUGGUCAUACCGUCAUCUAUGACAAACUUAGGAACAUGUAGGUGGUGUUUUGGAGAAGUCAGCUGUUCAAUCUUACACUGUGACUAACUGUGAAACCCUAACAACCCUCAUCAGCACAGAAGAAUCUCUGAACAUGGCUUCCAGCACAGUCACACCGGAGCCGCUUGAUGUCCUUCAGGAGACCGACGAUGACGGUGGAAACGACUUAUCGGGUCUCGAGGACGAGGACGACAAUGAAGAAAUUAUGGAUCUGGAUGAGGAUGAUUCUGCCGAUGAAAGUCAAGAUGGUGAGCAGCACACACCACAAGCGAAAAAGCCACACAGGUCUACACAGUCAAAAUCUCCGCUAGCAUGGAAGACACCCGAAGACGCAGACGUGGCUCCACCAGCAAUUCGGUUCUGGCCUGCACGGCCUCCCGGGGUGCAACUGAACUCGGCAGACAAGCACACACCUCUGGAGUUGUUCAAACUCUUCUUCUCUCCAGAUGCUGUGGCGACCCUGUGUCAGAACACUAAUAAACAGGCUGCCAGGAACAUUGAACAAGGGUGCAAGUACAAAUGGACCACGUUGACAGUAGACGAGUUCUACAAGUACAUCGGACUCAUUUAUUUCAUGGCCCUGAUCAAGCUGGACCACAUUCGAGAUUAUUGGCGGCAGAACAACAUUUUUUCCAUUGCCUUCCCAAGGACAGUGAUGACGAGAGACAGAUAUAGGACUAUAUCCUGGAACGUGCACAUGAGCGAUCCAGAUGAGGACCAAGAAAACGAUAUUAGACGGGGAACACCGCAGUACGACCGACUGUUCCGGGUGAAACCGCUCAUGGACAGGAUUCGGGAGGCCUGCAAAACCUUUUAUCAUCCACAGAGAAACCUUACCGUGGACGAACGAAUGGUGGCAACGAAAGCAAAAACGGGUAUGACACAGUACAUGAAGAGAAAGCCCACCAAAUGGGGCUUCAAGUUGUUUGUAAUGGCUGACUCGAGCAAUGGAUACACAGUGGAUUUUGCUGUGUACACAGGAAAGGACAGCUCUUAUACAGGACAUGGGAUUUCAUAUGACACUGUGAUGUCAUUUAUGGAUCAUUCCUUCUUGGGUUCUGGGUACCAUGUGUACAUGGACAAUUUCUACACGAGCCCAAAACUAUUCAGGGACUUGCACACUCAGAAAUUUGGCGCUUGUGGGACGUACAGGGACAACAAGAAGGCUUGUAAGGACUGCCCGAGCACUACAUUAAAUGCUCUCAGUAGAACAUCAUGCAGGGGAGACUUCAGAUGGAUCAGGGAUGGUCCUCUGGUGUUUGUGAAGUGGAUGGAUGCUCAAGAAGUCUCUGUUUGCUCUACCAUCCACUCAGCCUUCAACGGCGAGACGAUACAACGGAAGGUGAAGACCACAAAAGGGACCUGGGACACGCAGAAAUUUUCAUGCCCCACUCCUGUCCUCAAGUACAACGAACACAUGGGAGGUGUGGACUUGUCCGACCAACUGAUCCAGUACUACACAGCACAGCAGAAGACCAUGAAAUGGUACCGGAAGCUGUUUUUGCACUUCUUGGACAUUGCGGCUACUAAUGCAUACAUCUUACACAAAGAGCUUGCAUCCAAACAACUACGCGAUGCCUUGACACACAAAGUGUUCAUGGAGGAGCUGACUGCACAGCUGUGCGGCAUGUCACAGAAAAUCCCUUCAAAACGGGCCAGCUGUGAUCAUGUACCGGUGCCUGUGGCCAAACUGUCUACAGACGUGAGACAAGUGGCUUCGCAAGGUCGCAGGACUUGCGUCCUCUGCCGAUUCCAACGUUCCAAAAAGAGUAACACUCCAUGGAAGUGCGGGAAGUGCAACGUUCCUCUUUGCCUGCAGCUGACUAGAAACUGUUUUGAGGAAUGGCAUAAAAAAAACAAUUACCACCUAUAAUUGAGUGGUGAAUAAUUUCAUCUUGACUCCUAAACUGGCAUGAACUGUUAUGCCAUUAACUUAUACUCAUGACCUGUUCUACUGUGUGCCACAAAAGUAAUACUGGUGUGCACUAGUUUUAUUUUUCUUGUGUGGAGACUUGAAUAUAAAUAUCUGUUAAAGGUAACAUGCAUUUGUGUCAUGAAAAUGAACAAUUGAAACAGGGUCUUAGUGGAGCCAGAGCAUAUCUUGGGAACACCAGGUGUGAGGCCAAGGGUACA